CCCCUCCUUUUCAAGGGUUUCUUCAUCUCCAUUCCAAUUCAAAAAAUAAUAAUAAUAAAAAAUGGCUUCACAACAACAGCAAGCAGCAGCAGCAGCAUCAUUAAAGAGACGCGACUCAACACAAUCAAGAGAUUCAGAUAUAAUGACCAUCACUCCCUUAGGCGCUGGUAGUGAAGUUGGUCGAUCCUGUGUUUUCAUGACCUUCAAAGGCAAAACCAUUAUGUUUGAUUGUGGAAUUCACCCUGCAUUUUCGGGGAUGGCUGCGUUGCCGUAUUUUGAUGAAAUCGAUCCGUCUACUAUCGAUGUUCUUCUCAUUACUCAUUUUCACCUGGAUCAUGCUGCAUCUCUUCCAUAUUUUCUGGAAAAGACUACAUUCAAAGGAAGGGUUUUCAUGACUCAUGCAACGAAGGCCAUCUAUAAGUUGCUUUUGUCGGAUUACGUGAAAGUGAGUAAAGUUUCUGUCGAAGACAUGCUAUUCGAUGAACAAGAUAUUCUACGAUCGAUGGAUAAAAUUGAGGUAAUUGACUUCCAUCAAACCUUAGAAGUCAAUGGCAUUCGCUUCUGGUGUUACACAGCUGGUCACGUUCUUGGUGCGGCCAUGUUCAUGGUUGACAUAGCCGGUGUUCGUGUACUUUACACUGGUGAUUACUCACGCGAGGAAGACCGUCAUCUUCGAGCAGCUGAGCUACCUCAGUUCUCUCCUGAUGUCUGCAUUAUUGAAUCUACUUAUGGAGUUCAACUUCACCAGGCAAGGCACAUUCGUGAAAAAAGGUUCACAGAUGUCAUUCAUUCAACUGUUUCACAAGGAGGUCGUGUUUUAAUACCUGCUUUUGCCCUUGGUCGUGCUCAAGAAUUACUCUUGAUCCUCGAUGAAUACUGGUCAAACCACCCUGAGUUACACAAUGUCCCGAUCUAUUAUGCCUCCCCACUCGCAAAACGUUGCAUGGCUGUUUAUCAAACAUAUAUAAAUGCCAUGAAUGAAAGGAUCCGCACUCAGUUCACGAGUUCGAACCCCUUCGAUUUCAAGCAUAUAUCUCCGUUAAAGAGUAUUGACGAGUUCAAUGAUGUUGGACCUUCUGUAGUGAUGGCUAGUCCAGGUAGUCUCCAAAGUGGACUUUCUAGACAGUUAUUUGACAAAUGGUGUGCAGAGAAAAGAAAUGCUUGUGUUAUUCCUGGUUAUGUCAUUGAGGGUACAUUAGCAAAAACUAUAAUCAACGAGCCUAAAGAAGUGACUCUCAUGAAUGGGUUAACUGCACCACUAAACAUGCAGGUUCACUACAUAUCGUUCUCAGCUCACGCAGAUUGUGCUCAGACAACUACUUUCCUUGAAGAGCUUAUGCCGCCAAACAUAAUUCUUGUACAUGGAGAAGCUAAUGAAAUGGGACGGCUUAAACAAAAAUUAGUGACCUAUUUCACAGACCGCAGCCCCAAAAUCUUUACUCCAAAGAACUGCCAGUCGGUUGAAAUGCCAUUUAAUGUAGAGAAAAUGGCAAAGACUAUUGGGAAACUGGCUGAACAAAUUCCUGAAAAUGGUGAAAAUGUGAGCGGGUUAUUGGUGAGAAAAGGGUUCUCAUAUCAAAUCAUAGCACCCGAAGAUCUUCAUGUUUUCACUCAACUUUCAACUGCUAUUAUCACCCAACGGAUUACCAUUCCCUAUUCCGGUGCAUUUGGUGUGAUACAACACAUACUCAAACAGAUUUAUCAAAGUGUUGAGUCUUCAACAGAUGAGGAAUCUGGGGUUCCAACUUUGCGGGUCCAUGACCGGGUUACAAUAAGGCAGGAAUCGGAGAAUCAUCUCUCGUUACAAUGGUCAGCUGACCCGAUCAGUGACAUGGUGUCAGAUUCUGUGGUGGCCUUGGUGUUGAAUGCCAGCCGGGAAAUGCCAAAAGUGGUGGUGGAAAUGGAACCGGAGAAAGAUGAAGCAGAGGAGCAGAAGAAUUUUGAGAAGAAAGUGCAUGCACUGCUUUUGAAUCUUUUUGGAAAUGUGAAGUACGGGGAAGAUGGAAGGUUGGUGAUAAGUGUGGAUGAAAACGUCGCGUAUCUUAAUAAACAAACCUGGGAAGUCGAGAGCCUAAACGAGGGAUUGAAGGAAAGAGUGAAGGUGGCCACUCAAAGGGCUCAAGCUACUUGGAAGCCAAUACCUGUAUCUGCCAAUGGAUCAACAUAGCCUUUUGCAAUUUUAGGUUUUCGUUCUUUAGAUGCUCCUUUGUAUGUAUUUAUAGCUUUGUUUCUAGGUGUUGAAACUAUGUACUCAGACUGGGCUCAGUUUUCUUUCUACAUUUGAGUAGUAUCAAUCCUGCUGAUGAUUUCAAAUUU